UCUGGACGGAAGGGUUUGAGUUCAGCUGGGAACCAAAUCUUUCUGUAUCCCUGGAAACAAUCCGCUUGCUCUUUUGCUGCGAGAUGUAAAUGCAGAACCAGCUUCAGGACCUCAAGAUCAACCUGAAGAGAGGGAAGAGGCUUCGUCUGGAAUGGCCUGAGCUGGAAGGGGCGGGCAGCAGCCAAGAGCAUGGAAGUGAAGGAAGGCGGUUUUGCCCAGAAGGAAAUCUGGGCCAACAAGACUGAGACCCGGAUGGGACAAAGUCACAGCAACAGCACUUUCUUCCCUUACUACCAACAUACUCCAGUCGUGGCUGCCCUUUUCAUUGUUGCGUACCUGGUCGUCUUUCUCUCGUGCAUGGCUGGGAACUCCUUGGUUUGCCUGGUGGUGGUGAGGAACCCGCGCAUGCGCACCGUCACCAACCUCUUCAUCCUCAACCUGGCCAUCAGUGACCUCUUGGUGGGCAUCUUUUGUGUGCCAACUACUCUGGUGGACAACCUGAUCACAGGCUGGCCAUUCAACCAGGUUAUCUGUACCAUGAGUGGCCUGGUCCAAGGGAUGUCUGUUUCAGCGUCCGUCUUCACCCUUGUGGCAAUAGCCAUGGACAGGUUCCAUUGCAUCAUCCUGCCCUUCCGAGAGAGGCUCAGUCUUCUGAAGGCCAUGGUGGUUAUUGUUGUGGUGUGGCUCCUGGCCAUAGCCAUCAUGUGCCCAUCUGCCAUCAUGCUCACCGUUGGCCGCAUGGAAGACCACUACAUGGUGCUCAGCGAUGGCAAGAACACUACCUACCCGCUAUACGCCUGCUACGAAGCCUGGUCAGACAACAGUAUGAGGAAGCUCUACACCACCAUCCUCUUCAUCCACAUUUACCUGGUGCCCUUGAUGCUCAUCAUCUUCAUGUACGGACGGGUCUGCCUGAAGCUCAGCAGCUCCACUGCACCCAUGACGGCAAACCCGCCUUGUGCCACCCGGACCCGUGGUACUUGUAAGAAAAGAGUCAAGGUUAUCAAGAUGCUCAUCCUGGUGGCUCUUCUUUUCAUGAUCUCCUGGUUGCCUUUGUGGACUCUGAUGCUGCUGGUGGAUUAUACCAACCUGGCCAGUGAACAUUUGGACUUGUUGACUGGUUACUUCUUCCCUUUUGCCCACUGGCUGGCCUUCUCCAACAGCAGCAUCAACCCGGUCAUCUACGGCUACUACAACGAGAACUUCCGGAGGGGCUUCCAGGCGGCCUUUCAGUUCCAGCUUUGCUCCCAAGAGAUGAAGCACCAGGAGGCCUACUCUGAGCAAUCCCAGGGCCCAGUCAGUUUUGGGAUGUGCAACAAAGUCUUUGCCCAGGCCACCUCUUCCAACUCAACGUCCUCGCAGCACACGCAAAACACUGCCCCGCUCUUCUCCCACAGCAUCCCGCCCAAGUGUCCCGGCCUUGGCUUGGAAGACAUCGACAAGAUCUUGACCUAUCAUGGGACCAGCCAAGCUUGGGACAAGAUGGACACAUAAAAUUACGGAGAAGAAAUAGGGACAAAUGGUGAUGGCGGAAGGCCACUCUGUAGGCAAUGCCAACCUUGGGU